GUUUGGCCCAUGAAAAGCACCUGCACAUAUAAAACACAGCUACCAUCACAAACUCAUUUCAUAACAAAAUUAUGGCCAUCCUUGUGCUACUUGUCAUGUCCAUUUUCCGAGCUGUGGUAGCUGCUCAAAUUUCUUACAACUCCUCAGUGGUUGGUGAGAUAAGAGAAAUAGCAAAUGACUUGCAAACUGUCCAGUGGAUGAAGAUGAUAAGGAGGGAAAUUCACAGGAACCCGGAACUGGCUUUCCAGGAGUUUGAAACGAGUCAAUUGAUAAGAAAGGAGCUUGAUGAGCUUGGUAUAGAAUAUGUGUGGCCUGUUACAGGGACCGGAGUGGUAGCCACUAUUGGAACUGGUUCCGAGCCUUUUGUUGCGCUUAGAGCUGAUAUGGAUGCGUUGCCUAUUCAGGAGAUGGUGGAGUGGGAGCACAAAAGCAAAGUAGAUGGCAAAAUGCAUGCUUGUGGACAUGAUGUUCAUGUCUCCAUGCUCCUGGGUGCUGCAAAAGUCCUCCAACAAAUCAGAAAACAAUUGCAGGGAACCGUAGUUCUCAUAUUUCAGCCAGCUGAAGAAAUAGGUGAAGGUGCAAAACACAUGAUCCGAGAAGGGGUCCUCGACAAUGUGGAGGCAAUAUUUGGGAUGCAUGCAGUCCUCGAGUACAAUACUGGCGUAGUUGCAGCACGGCCAGGAGAGUUGUUAGCUGGCUGUGGGAGCUUCGAAGCUACCAUCAGGGGAAGAGGAGGGCCUGCUGCUAAUCCACACCAAUGUGUGGAUCCCAUAUUAGCUGCUUCAACUGCCAUAAUCAGCUUGCAGUAUAUUGUGUCGAGGGAAACAGAUCCAGAUGACCCUAAGGUGGUAUCUGUGACAAUUGUAGAUGGGGGAAGCACGUCUUUUGAUCUCAUUCCUGAAUCGGCUAUAAUAUCUGGAACCUACAGAGCAUACAGCAAACAAAGCUUUUACGGGCUAAGAAGAAGAAUUGAAGAGGUUAUUGCAGCUCAGGUAGCAGUGCACAGAUGCUCGGUUGAAAUCGACUUCGACGGCAAAGAACAUCCCACAAUUCCACCAACUAUAAACGAUGAAAGAUUAUAUGAGCAUGCAUUCCAUGUCUCAAGUAUGGUUGUCGGAGAAGAGAACACACGGAUAUCGCGUAAAUACUUGGGGAGUGAAGAUUUUGCAUUUUAUCAGGAAAAAGUACCCGGAUUUUUUCUGUUGCUUGGCAUAAGGAAUGAGAAAUUUGGAUCCAUACACACUGCACACAGUCCUUAUUAUACCGUUGAUGAAGACGUCCUUUCCGUAGGAGCAGCUAUGCAUGCUACAUUUGCCUAUACAUACCUUGUUAAUUCAACCAAUUCAUAAAAGGGUCCUGGUCCAGCAAUCACGGGGAUGUUUUAGUAGCAUACAGGUUUUCUGCCGAUUCAUAAAGGAUCCUGGUCCAGCAAUCACAUGCCGGGGAUGUUUUAGUAGCAUACAGGUUUUUAAGUCAUUAAAUGAAUAUCCGACAGCCAUGACUAUAACAUUUUUUAACACUUUCAGCGCUUUUUAAC